CUCAUCUCCAACAAACCAGGAGGUGCAAACGGUGAUUCUCUAACUAUCUAGACGCACCUCUGAGGCCCUUAGGGGGGAAGAAACGGCAUGUUCUUCAGAUGAUAGGUACUUAUCUUCAUCUAUAAACUUCAAGUUCUUCGAAUCCUCAAGGUAAGUGAACUCUUGCGCCGUAUGCCCCUUUCCCAGAGAUAAAGACCAUACGAACUAGAUUCACCUUCCCACCAAACUCUGAGCAUCUCUUGUUGCACAGGAAUAUCAACUAAAUUAGUUGGCACUUGCCAAAUCUCCACAUUCUGCCUCUCCAUCCAUAUCUUGUUCUACCUCAUACUCCCUUAUGAUUAUUAUAAAUCCAACUAAAAAAUUUAGACUUCUUCUAUUUGCUUCCGUAGGAGAUUGAUUUAGGCAUCAAAGAAUCCACCGUCAAAAAUCCUCCAUCCGACAUGAGGAUUUUCUCUGUCUUUAACGAUUUUACAGAAUUUGAUUUGAAAGAUUGAUUGAGGAUUAGGCACCGACUCGUGCACAUUUCAAAGAUCUCGACCAGCUCUUCAGAAACCAUCGCUCCUCUCCUGUCCGACUCCUGUUCAGCGGCUUAGGCCAAAUCACCUCUCCGGCGGCAACAAUAAUUAUUUAUAUUCCUUUAGCUUUUAGUACAUCUGCUAAGAAAAAUCUAGGUUGUUUUUGGGAGCAUGGCAUGUCUUUGGGAUUAGUAAAAGCUAAUGCGGUCAAACGACUUGGUCUCAUAUUCUCUAGCAUCAGCAUAUGUACUUCUAAACUUCUUAAACAUGAAAGGGAAAAGAACCCAGUCUCCAUUAAACCUUCAAAAUUGUAGGCUUCUAGCCUCGGCUCUCGCCAUCCUUCUUUGCCUUCGCCUUUGCUCCAUUUUGAAGCUCAGGGUUCUCGGAAUGAGGCUCUCCUUGGUGGCGUCCACCCUUUUGCUGCUACUACUGUCCAUCACAGCUCCAGCGAUCCAUGUGGAAGCACAACCAUAUGAUGCCUUCAACAAGAGAACAUAUAAAAAAGGGAGUAAUUUGAUUGAAGGUGCUGAUGAGGGAGCUCUAUGUGGAGAAAAUGGACGCUGUCUGGGCACUAUUAUGGGCAGAAGGCUUUCAAGGACUAUGAGGGGAGUCCGCCCCAGGUUACUAAGUUUUCAUGAAGAUUAUGAUGGACCUGGGGAUCACAAGUCUAAGCACCAUUAGGCAGUCCUUACUUCCUGCCCUCACAUCAAACUUUUCUUUAUGAUUACUUCUCCCCUUUUCUCCCUCAACUUUGACAGCUAGCUUGUCCCGAAUGUGCUCCAUUCAAGACCAAGUGUGAGAAAUUAGUAAUUUUGUGAGCAUCUUUGAUGUAGUAUAUAUAACUAUAUGGCACAACAAGAGCACUUCUAUGUAUUUUUUUUUUUUUU